CUCCAUAUAAUCUCUCCUUCAUGUGUAUCACUUCUGAAUGCCAUUCAAAACUCGACCAAAAGCCGGAUAGUAAAUUUUAACACAUUGGGAUUUAAACAUUAUAGUUUGGGAUGUAAGUAUUCUGAUGAUGUUUUGAUGAAAGGACAGAGACAAAUAUCCUGAAAUCCAUCGACAAUAUCACACGUGUCGCAGAGGUUACACAUGUUUCUUCAGUGAAACGUUUGUGUCACCUACCUACUUCAAUCGGUAAACGAUGGCAGGAAGUUCUAAUCAAGAGGAAUUUAAGAGCCAAUGAGACAGAGAUAUAUGUAAAAAACAUUCGAAGACAGGUUUAGUUUUGAAUACGCGACAAGUAGUACCUUUGGAAUAAUUCGAAAUCUCUGCGGUCCAAGUUUUAGUUGCUGUAACAUUUAACCUUAGGAAGACACCCAGCAUUUGGUGUCAAGCCCUUGAUUGACAUCCCUGUCUGUCAAGUGCUACCCAAAAAAUUCAAGUCAUCAGUUCUGUUCUUAACGGUCGGCGUUUCAGUUACCUUUAUUGUUAUCGCCGUCAACCACUUGGAGACUUACUCACGGCCUUCUGGAAAGAGAGUCCCAAACACACUUGGCCACAGAUUGACCACUUCCGGAGAAGACGUUCGAUCUGAGAAUGGCGUAAAAAUAUCUAAAGGUUCAAAUGGAGACUUGACCUUGACCCCAAUGUUAGAUGGGAGACAAUCCAAGAUGAACGCUCACCAUAUGUCAGUCACUAAGUAUCUUAUAUAUAGAUGUGCUAAAUCUAAUGUCUGUGGUGGAUGGUCCGAUAGACUAAAAGGCAUUUUAAUGGGAUUCUACAUCUCCAUGGCAACGCGGAGAAAGUUUGGUAUCGACAUAACAUCUCUCCCGUGUAACCUGACGUCAUUCCUAACACCGAACUCUGUUCCCUGGGAUGAAGCCCGCUUUGAAGCCUCGCGAGAUGACAGGUCAGUAGGUGUGUACAAUGAGAUGGGCAAAGUCAGCUUCAUUAGCAAAUCGAGAACUCUGAAUUUUAGCGCCUGGUUGAAACAUGACAUUGCAUAUUUUCUUGCAAAUUUGGACUAUGUUGAUGCCCUCAAGGCCAACAGAGUUCAUCGGAAAGAAUUCUCAUGGAUGGAAAAUAAGACAAGGGACCAAGUCUUUGCCACAGCAUACAAGACUCUAUUCUCUUUAUCCGCAUCUUUGAAAGAAACCCUAUCCCGGUUUCUAGCAAGAGCUAAACCAAACGGAUCAUCGAAGCUCGUUUGUACACAGAUUCGACUUUUUAGAAAUCCUUCAAAUCCAAAUGACAGUACAAUCCCUAGGGGAGCUACGAUGGCAGAUGUUCAAAAGAUUUGGCAAUUCUUUCGAAAUUUUAGUGAUCCUUCAACAUACAAAAUAUUUGUCACUUCCGACUCCGAAACUGUCAUGCAACAAGCCCGGACGUUAUUUCCAAGCCAAAUUAUGGAAAGCGAAGGAAAAGUGUCUCAUAUUGAACGGGACACUGAUAGAAAAUCUCGGUGCGAUGGCUGGAAGAAGGUCAUCCUUGACCAGCAUGUGUUGAUGUCGUGUGACGUUCUGGUGUUGACGUUUAGUGGUGUAGGGCGGGUGGCAGCGUACGUCAGGGGGACGUCAAAAGGCCUUCACUGUAUGGUCGAGCAUAAACUGGUGAAGUGUUCGCCCAGCGAACUCCGCUCGCUGUUCAAUGUGUACGGAUAACUUUAUUGUGUUCAUCAGUCUGUUCAGUACACAUACUCAUGGAAACAAAUAAGGGAAUACAUGAAAGCAAACGUGUUCCUAUAUUCUUUUCCAGGUUUCCAUGUUUUGUAUUGCACUGUGGGUGAAAAGCCGGAAAAGCAUAAGGAACACAUGUCCUUUCAUGUGUUCCUUUUAUUUGUUUCCACGAGUAUAUUUAUAAUCGAUCUCACUUAACAGUAAAACCUUCUACAUAUAUGACAUGUUCUUUAGGUAAGAAAGGCUUGCUUUCACACCACAGUACUGUACUUCCAAAGUGACGUUGUGGAACCUUUGGACAACACACACCGUGACAGGAACACUGACUUUGUGUUCCGGCGUUUAAGUGCUUGACUGGGUAUACUGUAUUUGAUAUGGUUCAUUUAUACAACGGGCGGUGGGGUAGCCUAGUUGUUAACGCUAUUCACGCCGAAGGCCUUGGUUCGAUUCCCCCACAUGGGCACAAUGUGUGAAGCCCAUUUCUGGUGUCCCCCGCCGUGAUAUUGCUGGAAUAUUUCUAAAAGCGGCAUUAACGCAACUCACUCACUCAUUUAUAAAAUAUUCAUAUCAGUCAAUGACAUAAAUGUUAGGCUAUAUGUGUUCAGUGGGUGAGUGAGUGAGUGAGUGAAUUUGUAAUUACACCGCUUUUAGCACUAUUCCAGAAAUAUUAGAACUGGGCUUCACACAUGUGCCAAUGUGAGGAAUUGAACCCCUGGCUUUGGCGUGACGAGUGGAAAGAUAUAUGUGAAGUCAGCGUUUGAUAUGAGGUACGGUAAAUCUUAACAACGUAGACUGACGUUUUCAUCAGGAACAUAACAUAGAGUGAAAAACUCUUCAAACCUGUAUUUAAUGGUCUCUCGUAGUAUGCACCCGUGAAGAUCCGGGUUAGAAUAAUGAUCUUCAGUUACCCAUGCUUGUUGUAAGAGGGUAGGCUGGUUCACUGACUUGAUUGACACAUGUCAUCAUAUCCCAAUUGCGUAGAUCGAUGCUAAUGUUGUUGAUCACUGGAUUGUCUGGUUCAGAAGCUGUUUUCAUAUGAUCAAUUUCGCAUUACAUCUCAAAGCACAAGAGGACAAGCUUCUGUGUUAGAUCAAGGCUUACUUUGGAAGUUUGAGUAGUACUGCAGCAAGGUGACUAUUUUCAUCAGUCUGUAUUACUUUAAUCACUGCUUUUAUAUUGCUCUGCUAUUGCCUCUGUAUAGCCGUCUUAUUUUACGCUGUUGUUAUAUUCCUUUGUACUGAUUGGUAAACUUUGGUACCUUUGAAAUACAAUUGUUAUUUUUACCUUUGUUUGUGGUUGGUUUCACACCAUGUUUUUUUACAGGGUGAUUUCCAGUUAACUUAUUGGUCCAACUUUUGAAUCUUCAUGUAACACCAGAAGUAUGAAAACGUAUAAAUUAUAGAAUAGAAUGGUACGUAGUAUCAUUACUUCGCAACUAAGGAAAAAGGUAACAACGUGCAUCUGUUACAGGGAAGUUAUGUCAGGGGAUAUACCUAAUCCCUAACCUGUUUAGGUAUU